AUUGCCAUUGAAGUACUUGCUGAAUACUCCGUUGACGACCACCAGGCGUCUGUCUAUUUGUUGAAGCGGAUGUCAAUGCCUGUCUGUCCAAUGGACGUCGAUCAACCCAUAUUUUCGGUCACUCUCGAGGUUUGGCAUGGCCACGAGGACUACCUAUUGACUAGGGUGUCUAGCGAAGUUCUCAGUUAUGUCCUUAUUAGUCCCUCUCCCACCUGCUUUUCCAUUUAUCGAAUAUACUAA